AUGGAGUUAAGCAGAAAAGAGAUAGCACUACAGCACUAUUACCGCGAACUUUUCCCUAGUUCGACCUUAAGUCUUUGGCUGCGCUAUAUCACCAAACGCGAGUUUUCCUUUAGUUUAGCUUCCGGGGCAUACAUUAGGUACUUAACCUUUAACAAUCCAAUGGAGUUACAAGAAAAGCUAGUCAAAGACUCGCCCGAAAAACUAGAUAUUGGAGCCGUCUAUCUCCACCGACCAGGCGGUGUAUCACCAAACAAUCCAGUUCUAGGCAAAGAACUUGUUUUUGAUAUUGACUUAACCGAUUAUGUGCGCCCUUGCUGUACAGAUAAGGGAAUGUGCGACCAGUGCUUCCCCUUAAUCAAGUGUGCCAUCAAGACCAUGCAGUACGUCCUUGAAAGUCAUUUUGGCUUUAAGCAGAUUCUCUUUGUCUUCUCAGGCGGUCGAGGCGUACACUGCUGGGUUUCUGACCCCAUAGCCGUCACGAGUACUUGCCGCGACCGCAACAAUAUCAUUGAGUAUUUCCAACGCCUCGAAAAAGGUGAAAUCAAAGACACACAAAUAGAUAGCAUUUUAUUGGCGUACAGUCCACCCCCCACUUCCUCCUCCACUUCUACCAAGUCCACUUCCACCCCUACCAAAUCCACCCCUUCCAAAUCCACCUCCACCCCUACCAAAUCCACCUCCACCCCUACCAAAUCCACCCCUACCAAAUCCACCCCUACCAAAUCCACCCCUUCCAAAUCCACCCCAACCCACCCCAAUACUACCCUUCCAAACACCAACUCAAAUACUACUUCACCUUCCUUAUCCCCUAGUGAAAGAGAGCAACUGUACCGGACAUUCUUUCCUAAACUUGAUCAGGCAGUUACCAAACAAACUAAACACUUACUUAAAGCUCCUUUCUGCAUUCAUCCACGCACUGAAAAGGUUUGUGUUCCCUUAACUCUGCAAGACCUUGAUACUUUAUCCCUAGCUAAUCUUCCCACCUUAUCUAGUGUUCUGCACAACAAAUCACUCCUAACCCCAUAUCUAGCCCAUUUCACAACUUAUGCCAAUAGCAUAAGCAAAUAA